AUGACUGGUACUUUUCUCAUCACCGGAGCCACUGGUGCGCAAGGUGGUGCAACCGCUAGAGAGCUUCUUGCUCGUAAAUGCAAAGUCCAUGCCUUCGUCCGCAACCCAACCUCAUCUGCAGCUCGUGGUCUUGAAUCUCUCGGCGCCGUUCUCUUCAAAGGCGACUUCGACGAUGUCAAAGCCAUCACAGCAGCUACUGCGGGCGUCAAUGGAGUGUUCCUCAACACUUUCCCGAAUUUCACGGAUCCUGGAGGAGAAGUGCGUUACGCCCAGAACUUCGUUAACGCUGCCAUAGCUGCAAAGACUGUGACAUCGUUCGUCGUGUCAACGGUCACUAAACCUUGUAGUGACCCCGAGAAGUGGAAAGCCCACGAAGCCCAGUACCCGUUCCUGUCGUUCUACCACUCCCAGAAACGUGGGGUCGAGGACGUGGUGAGGAAAGCCGGGUUUCCAAGCUACACGAUCCUGCGGCCUGGGUGGCUGUUGUACAACUACCUGUCUCAUCCGUGCAGAUACCAUUUCCCGGAACUUGAAUCCGAUCGCAUCUUGACUACAAGCUUUCCACGCGAGUUCAAGCUCGACUCUUUCGAUCCAGCUGACGUUGGGAAGUUUGCAACUGCGGCAUUUAUGGACCCGGGAACCUUCAAUGGCGUGGAGCUUGACUUGGUCAAUGAGCACUACACCUUGGAGGAGGUUGCUCAGCUUCUCACCAAGGUUUCCGGUGUGGAAGUCAAGGCUAGGUUUCGCAGCGAAGAGGAGACUAAAGCGAUUCUUGCGUCCGGCAAGCUGCCAACUGUUGAGAACCAGAUUUGGGCGAAGGAACGAGACGAUGGGAGGAAUGGUGCGCAUCUGGAGAAAUAUGGGAUUAGGCUCACAACAUUUGAGGAAUUUAUGGAGCGGGAGAAGCCAAGAUUGUUGGCUACUUUGGGCGCAGCAAACUGA